CCUCCUCCCUCCCGCCUCCCCAGCUGUCCCGUUCGCGUCAUGCCGAGCCUCCCGGCCCCGCCGGCCCCGCUGCUGCUCCUCGGGCUGCUGCUGCUCUGCUCCCGGCCGGCCCGCGGCGCCGGCCCCGAGCACCCAGCGCUGCCCAUCCGGCCCGAGAAGGAGCCGCUGCCCAUUCGGGGAGCAGCAGGCUGCUCCUUCGGCGGGAAGGUCUAUGCCUUGGACGAGACGUGGCACCCGGACCUGGGGGAGCCCUUCGGGGUGAUGCGCUGCGUGUUGUGUGCCUGCGAGGCGCCUCAGUGGGGUCGCCGCGCAAGGGGCGCGGGCAGGGUCAGCUGCAAGAACAUCAAACCCGAGUGCCCAACCCUGGCCUGCGGGCAGCCGCGCCAGCUGCCCGGACACUGCUGCCAGACCUGCCCCCAGGAGCGCAGCGGUCCGGAAAAGCAGCCAACGGGCCUGGCCUUCGAGUAUCCGCGGGACCCAGAGCACAGAAGCUACAGCGACCGUGGGGAGCCUGGAGCUGAGGAUCGGGGGCGUGGAGACGGCCACACGGACUUCGUGGCGCUGCUGACGGGGCCAAGGUCGCAAGCGGUGGCACGGGCCCGAGUGUCACUGCUGCGCUCUAGUCUGCGGUUCUCCAUCUCCUACCGGCGGCUGGACCGCCCUACCCGAAUCCGCUUCUCAGACUCCACUGGCAGCAUCCUGUUUGAACACCCUGCAGCCCCUACCCAAGAUGGCCUGGUCUGUGGGGUGUGGCGAGCAGUGCCUCGGUUGUCUCUGCGGCUCCUUAGGGCAGAACAGCUGCACGUGGCACUCGUGACACCCAGUCACCCUUCAGGGGAGGUCUGGGGGCCUCUCAUCCGGCAUCGGGCCCUGGCCGCAGAGACCUUCAGUGCCAUCCUGACCCUGGAAGGCCCCCCACAGCAGGGCAUAGGGGGCAUUGCCAUCCUCACGCUCAGUGACACAGAGGACUCCUUGCAUUUUUUGCUGCUCUUCCGUGGGCUGCUGGAAGCCAGGAGUGGGGGACCAGCCCAGGUUCCCUUGCGGCUCCAGAUUCUACACCAGGGGAAGCUACUGCGAGAGCUCCAGGCCAAUGCCUCGGCCCAGGAGCCGGGCUUUGCUGAAGUGCUGCCCAACCUGACAGCCCAGGAGAUGGACUGGCUGGUGCUGGGGGAGCUGCAGAUGGCCCUGGAGAGGGCAAGUGGGUCAGGGCUGCGCAUCAGUGGACACAUUGCUGCCAGGCAGAGCUGUGAUGUUCUGCAAAGUGUCCUUUGUGGGGCCGAUGCCCUGAUCCCUGUUCAGACAGGUGCAGCUGGCUCGGCCAGCCUUACACUGCUAGGAAAUGGCUCCCUGAUCUACCAAGUACAGGUGGUAGGUACAGGCAGCGAGGUGGUGGCCAUGACGCUGGAGACCAAGCCUCAGCGGAGGAACCAGCACACUGUCCUGUGCCACAUGGCUGGACUCCAGCCGGGAGGAUACAUGGCUGUGGGUGUCUGCCCUGGGCUGGGUGCCCGGGGGGCUCAUAUGCUGCUGCAGAAUGAGCUGUUCCUGAACGUGGGCACCAAGGACUUCCCAGAUGGAGAGCUGCGGGGGCACGUGGCUGCCCUGCCCUACAGCGGGCACAGCGCCCGCCAUGAUACACUACCUGUGCCCCUGGCAGGAGCCCUGGUGUUGCCCCCCGUGCAGAGCCAGGCAGCAGGGCAUGCCUGGCUCUCCCUGGAUACCCACUGUCACCUGCACUAUGAAGUGCUGCUGGCUGGGCUUGGUGGCUCAGAACAGGGCACCAUCACUGCCCACCUCCUCGGGCCUCCUGGGAUGCCAGGGCCCCGGCGGCUGCUGAAGGGAUUCUAUGGCCCAGAGGCCCAGGGCGUGGUCAAGGAUCUGGAGCCUGAGCUGCUGCGGCACCUGGCACAGGGCUCUGCCUCCUUGCUGAUCACCACCAAGGGUAGCCCCCAAGGGGAGCUGCGAGGGCAGGUGCACAUCGCCAACCAGUGCGAGGCGGGCGGCCUGCGCCUGGCGGCAGCAGGGGCCGAAGAAGUACGGGUGCCCGGGGCUCUGGAUGCAGUGGUGGCCGAGGUGGCCGCGCUGCCCGCUGUGCUAGGCCCAGAUGCCCCAGCGCCAGCCAAACCUGGUGGCCCCGGGCGGCUCCGAGACCCCAACACCUGCUUCUUCGAGGGGCAGCAGCGCCCCCAUGGGGCUCGCUGGGCUCCUAACUAUGACCCGCUCUGCUCGCUCUGCACCUGCCAGAGACGCACGGUGAUCUGUGACCCCAUGGUGUGCCCGCCACCCAGCUGCCCAAGCCCGGUGCAGGCGCCGGAUCAGUGCUGCCCUGUGUGCCCGGAGAAGCAAGAUGUCGGAGACCUGCCGGGGCUGCCGAAGAACAGGGACCCUGGAGAGGGCUGCUAUUUUGAUGGCGACCGGAGCUGGCGGGCAGCGGGCACCCGGUGGCACCCUGUCGUGCCCCCAUUUGGCUUAAUUAAGUGUGCUGUCUGCACCUGCAAGGGGGGCACUGGAGAGGUGCACUGUGAGAAGGUGCAGUGUCCCCGGCUGGCCUGUGCCCAGCCUGUCCGUGCCAACCCCACUGACUGCUGCAAACAGUGUCCAGUGGGGUCAGGGGCCCACCCCCAACUGGGGGACCCCAUGCAGGCUGAUGGGCCCCGGGGCUGCCGUUUUGCAGGGCAGUGGUUCCCGGAGAGCCAGAGCUGGCACCCUUCGGUGCCCCCCUUUGGGGAGAUGAGCUGUAUCACCUGCAGAUGUGGGCACCUCAGGGACCCUCAGGAUCUGGUCUGUCCUGCACCAGGCAGGGGUGCCCCACUGUGAGCGGGAUGACUGUUCACUGCCACUGUCCUGCGGCCCAGGGAAGGAGAGCCGCUGCUGUUCCCACUGCACAGCCCGGCGGCGGUGUAAGUGAGGGGCCUGGGGCAGCAGCUCCAGGCUGCCUGUGGGACGCCUGGGGAGGGAAGGGAGCCCCUGCCGUGUGGCGGGAAUAGCGCCCCCUGCUGCACAAGCGCCACCCCGUCCCCCCGUCACAGCAAACUUGUGGACUUGUUCGUGAUUACCUUUUCUUUAGGAAUGAGAUUUCUGACGCCCAGAGGAAUCAGGCAGCUAGGCUAAAGUCAUGCAACUGGUGUGUGCUGACGUGCUGAAAAAAUUCUGAUCUUUCUGGGACCAGAACAGAGGAGCUCUGCUGUGCCCUCCCUGCCACCCCACUCCCUCACUCCUCUUCUAAAGCUCACUCCCUCUGUCUCCAGCAGUUGCAGAUACCAGGACAGUUCCAGAGCUGGAGAAAGAAGCUGAAGGCUCCUAGGGAGCAGCCAGAAGGCCGCGUGACCAAGAGGAUGGGGCCUGGGCUGGGGGAGGAGGGGCGCCGGGGACCCCGCAUUCUCCU